UCUCAACGGCCGCAGACAACGAUAUGGAAACAAAGCGAGCGGAAGCUGAACUCCUGGGUCAUGUAGACUGCCAUGAAAUUACCAAAUCUUUCUCCAAGGAUGUGGAGGCAGGACCAGUAGAAAUCCAGGGGGAUGCGCAAACGAUACACGACAAUAGCCAUCUACCGAAGUCGUGGUCUCGUUCAAAGAAAUGGACAGCGACAUUUAUCCUGUCAGCUUUCGCAUUUCUACAACCCCUCUCGGAAACCAUGCUGGCCCCAGCUCGAGUCCAGGUCUCGAGCGACUUACACGUCUCACAAGAUUACGAGUGGCUGCUAGUAAACUCUUUGAUACUGGUUGGAGUUGGACUAUCACCACUACUUCUCGCGCCUCUCUCCGAGGUUUACGGUCGUAAGCCUAUACUAGUGACCGGCACCAUUGUUUUCCUUGUAUGGAACACGGGUUGCGGAACAGCUGCCACGCUUGGGCAAAUGUUUGCCUUCAGGCUACUCUCUGGAUUUGGUGCUUGUGCAGCCGACGCCGUCACUGGGGGGUUCAUUAGUGAUCUUUGGGACGCUGAGGAGAGGGGAAAGGCGUUUGCUAUUUUCAUGGCGGGCCCCCUUCUCGGCCCGGCCCUGGGACCUAUUUGCGGUGCUUUUAUUUCUCAGGGGACAACUUGGCGCUGGGUCUUCUACGCCACAUCGAUAGCGUCAGCUGUUGUCAUGUUUAUUGCUAUCGUUUUUCUACACGAAACCUAUGAGCCCAGGAUCCAGACGUUACUACACCGAAAAAUGGACAAGGAGACCGAAAUCCCAGAGAAGUGGCCUAAUAAGCAAGGGGUGAUGGAUUUUCUCAAGCUCAUGAGAACACCUCUUCAGCGCCCCUUUCGCAUGUUGGGUACGCAGAUCAUUAUGCAGCUACUAGCCUUCUAUAUGGCACUCUUGUACGGCACUAUGUUCUUGUUUCUCUUUAUGUAUCCCAUUAUGUGGACAGAGCUGUAUGGCGAAAGCGUAAGAAUUGGCAGUUUGAACUAUAUUUCCCUCUCAAUCGGGCUAAUAAUCGGCGUCAAUAUUGCUGGACAUCUCAACGACUAUAUCUAUCGAAAGCUAAAAGCACGCAAUAACGGGAUCGGCCGUCCCGAAUUUCGCGUUCCUACUAUGAUUCUUGGAACGGCACUCGUCCUCGUGGGAUUACUAUGGUGGGGGUGGUCAGGUCAGGCGAAGCUACACUGGAUUAUGCCAAAUAUUGGAAGCGCAUUAUUUGCCAUGGGGGUCUAUGUCUGCUCCGGAUGCGUUUCUAUCUACACGAUAGACACAUAUCCGCAGUAUGCGGCAUCCGCCAUCUCGACGAACCUCGUUUUGCGAAGCAUUACAGCUGCAUUCUUCCCCCUGUUUGCGCCAUACAUGUUUAACGCAUUAGGCUUGGGACUUGGGGCCACGGUCCUAGGAUGUAGCUUUGCAGCAUUUGGUACCGUUGUUAUAGCUAUCUUGUGGUUCUUCGGCGAAAGCCUCAGAGCCAAGAGCCCUUAUUGUGCUGCCAUUAACGCUUAA